UGGAAAGUUUUAUUCACCACCCCGAACCUGAACCCAAACACCUCCAGAAACCUUCCCUUAGCUACUCGGUUGACAGAAGCUAAUCCAAAACAACCUCUUCCUUGCCGGUGCGCAACUUUGCCUACCCCGGGGCGACCUCGGAUUGACCGCUAUCACCUUGCCAUAUCACCUACCACUACAACUGGCACGAUGGCGAUGGGCAUGGACCGCCUCGAGAAGAGGCUGGACCGGUUGGAGAAAUUUUUCCACAGAAAGAGGAAGCUGUCGCCGCGUAACUCGACCGUUAUCGAGAGUGGACCUCUUACAUCGCUUUCGCACUCGGCUUCAGCUCCAACUAUCCAAAAAUUUCCAACGCCAUCCUUCAUCAGACCGACCUCAACUCGCAUGCUGGCUAGAGAGGAGGUGACAUUGACGUCCCAAUGUGCCCGACGCACAAAGAGCCUCCCCGAAUCUCCAAGCGAUCCCCAUAGUCCGUCUUUUUCACCUUCUGAGCAUGGAUCCAGAACGGGAUUUACCCCCAGGCGCCGCAUUCAGGGUCCUUCGGUACCUCAGCGGUCUUCUUCCCUAGUCAGCAGACAAAAGGACGCCUCUUUAGCCGAACUUCUCGAGUUUAGCUUUUCCGGUCGCUCUACGAGGAGCCAUGAUGAGCUAUCUGCUCUAUCUAUGCGCCGCUCGAGGUCUGGUCACAAGUCACCUUCACGCUCGACUUCCGUAUCGAUUUCCCCGAGAGCGCAGCCAGGCAGGAAACGCCAUCCUGACCUACACGUCCACACACAUCUACAAACCCCUCCGCCGUCAGCGCAGCAAGAAAAAUCUUUUGAUUCAAUGCUCUCCCUGCCGUCGACGUCUCUUUCGCACGGGCAACUUACUCCGGCGGCCUCUCCAAGGCUUAUCCCGCUCCCUGCUCCAGAACCCAACGAGCUACAUGAGAUUCAUUCGUCACAGUCGGGGAGCCCCCGAAGCCGGACUGCUACACCUGUCUGCAAAAAGCCAAUCUUGGAGUUGAAGACUCAGGUUAGCAGGCUUAGCACAGCAAGGUCUACCCCUUCCAUCAGGGUCAACACCAUUCUUCGGGAACCCAGCUUCAAUGACUUCUUGACCCUCAGCGAUGAUGAUAUCGCUGAUGAUCUUACCAACGAGCAAUCGCUGUCACAAACAAGUUAUAUGACAUCUCCGGAGCCACCAAGCUUCGAUCUGCCGCUGAAUCGUUUCGCUCCCUCCCCGUACGAGGCGAGCAAUCACCCCCUGCUGACACUUUCCCCUCCUCUGGCCAGCAAGCCUGCUGCUAUAGCAGCCUUUGAAGCUGCUCGGAUUGCGUCAAAAUAUCACUUUGACCUCGUGUAUGUGGUCAACCUGUGGCCCAGUCGGAAUGGCUGUAGCCAGUCCAACAGUUUCUCAAAGAGGUCAUCCAUGUCAUCGCUUUCGACGUCAACAACACUUCUCAACUCUCCUUCGUCCCCUAGCGCAUCGUUCUCUGCCAUGUCGACAGAUGAAAACCUCGGACUGCCGUUUCCGCUGACUCAUGGACCUAUGACUGGUCGUUUGUUGGCGGCGUACGGGCUACAUUCUCUCAUGAGCCCGUUCCGUAUCUCAGCACCGGUCCACCGGAAGAUCCUCGGAUCUGAUAACUGGCUGGAAUACCGCAGCGACAAUGCGGCUGAGAAUGAGUUUGCCAGAGGUUAUAGCUGCUCAUUCUACACUGGCUAUACCCCCCCCAGGCCUUUCAGCGUGCUUGGCGAGAAAACAAGCGGGAAUAGUAGCGUCAAGAACCACGGGAUUGUGUUUGCGGCAUAUCGCCUGCCGCACAAUGCUGCUGCAAAAACCGGAAGCAGCGUGGAGGAGCUUAAGGAGCUUCGCAAGGAUGCCGAAUCGUUGGUGAAUUUGGCCCUCGAUACCUAUACGGAUCACAAGGAGGAACGGGGAGACGGGGCGUGGAGGUGCACCCUGGAUGACGAUAAGAUCGUGCCAGUGGUCAGUCGACAGUUGCUCGUGCGUUAAGACCCGAGAAUUUCCUAUUACGAUUUGUCCCUCUAGGAGAGGAUCACAUGUUUGCAAGGUGUUUCCAAACAAUUACACCGUCCGGCCUCGAUGAUGGCUAUGAGCGGUUUCUAGAAGGGGUGGAGGCUGAAAGCCUUUACACUCGAAUCUCUGGGAUAGUGGAGGACCUGUGAGGACAUCGACUUGAUUGUCGGAACUCCUAUCAUUUCUGUGCAUUUACGCAAGAUCAUUUCCCUGGUCGGCAGUUCACUAGGGCAUGAGGUUAUGGAAAACUAAAAAGGCGGAAUGGAGCGGGCAUGGAUGUAUGAAUGAAGAGAUGAUGUGCGAUACCCAAUCAAAUGUAAUGACAAAUAGUAAUUUCAAGCCUUGUUGUAGGCGUUGAUUUUCCAUAUGUUUU